UUCUCACUCAUCUUUCUCCCAUCCAUCCUCAUCUCAGUUUCCCAAGAGACACCAUCACCACAUUCAAUAUGGCUUCUACCACAGACUACAAGAUUGACUUUACCAACUUCUACAACAUCAUCAACAAUGAGUUGAAGUCAACCCCCACCACCCGGGCCGCCAUCAACCCCUCCACCUUGGCCCCCCUUCCUGCCGUGCCCGUCUCUACCAAGGCCGAUGUCGACGCCGCUGUCUCGGCCGCCAAGGCUGCCUUCCCCUCGUGGCGUGACACGCCCAUUGAGAAGCGUGCCGCACUCCUCAACACCUUUGCGGAUGCCAUCAUGGCCAACUUUAUGGACUUUGCCUCUCUGCUUGCGCUUGAGGGCAAGCCCCCCACGGCGGCGCAGUUCGAGGUUGACUUUGCUGUCAAGCACUUGAAGGGGACGGCGCAGCUGAGGUUGGAGGACGAGGUGAUUGAGGAUAACGAGGAGAAGCUAACCAAGAUUCGGUACACUCCCCUUGGUGUCGGCGUCGGUAUCGUCCCCUUCAACUACCCCUUCUUCCUGGGUCUCGGCAAGAUGGGACCCGCCGUGUUGGCUGGAAACGCCUUCAUCUGGAAGCCUUCGCCCUACACGCCCAACACGGCGCUGAAGCUCGUUGAGCUGGCCGCCAAGAUCUUCCCCCCUGGUGUUGUCCAGGCUUUGUCUGGCGAGGAGGACUUGGGUCCCUGGUUGACUGCUCACCCCGAUAUCCGCAAGAUCUCCUUCACCGGCAGCACGCCGACGGGCAAGAAGGUCAUGGCUGCCUGCGCCAGCACUCUCAAGCGCGUGACGCUCGAGCUGGGCGGCAACGACGCGGCCAUUGUUUGCGACGAUGUCAACCUGGACGAGGUCGUGCCCAAGGUUGCUCUCGGCUGCUUCAACAACGCUGGCCAGGUCUGCGUUGACAUCAAGAGACUAUUCGUUCACGAGAAGAUCUACGAUCAGUUCCUGGCCAAGAUGGUCGAGGUCGUCAAGACGUUCAAGUUCGGCGGGUCCGAAGACACCGAGGGCGCCUUCUUCCCUCCUGUCCAGAACGCGAUGCAGUUCGAGAAGGUCAAGGAACUAUUUACCUCGAUUGAGAAGGAGGGCCUGAAGCCUGUUAUUGGUGGCGAGGUCGAGGCCGAGGCGGGCGCGAAGAAGGGAUACUACUUCAAGCCUACCAUCAUCGACAACCCGCCUGAGAACUCCAGAAUUGUGCAGGAGGAGCCGUUUGGCCCUAUUGUGCCCGUCGUGAAGUGGGUCGGUGGUGAGGACGAGGUGGUCAGGAUGGCCAACAACACCGAUAUGGGAUUGGGUGCCUCUGUCUGGAGCAAGGACUUGGAGAAGGCGGAGAGGAUCGCCAGGAGGCUGGAGGCUGGCAGUCUCUGGAUCAACACCCACCAGGACCUGGCGCCUAACGUGCCUUUUGGUGGCUUCAAGCAGUCCGGUAUGGGCCACGACUGGGGUCUCAUCGGUCUUAAGGGCUGGUGCAACACCCAGAGCUUGAUGACGAGAAGGUCAGGCGGUAUGUUCUAAGGAGGGAGCGAUAGAAUGCAUUUAUUAGAAUAGUGAAUUUACAGCAAAGCGUGUGAUUUUUCAUAGUG